AAAAAAAAUACAGAUAGACCUUAUAAUGAUUACUUUGCAAAAAAAAAUUUUUAAAUCUCUUCUAAUUCGUCGAGAAAAAGUAAAGACUGUUAUAUAGAAAAUAAAACCUAUUUAAAAAUGAAAUAAAAAUAUGCUUAUGGCGUUAAAAUUUGGGUGAUAGGCAUAUUCAGAUGGAAAAAUAUAAUCUUAUACUUCUAACUUUAGGAUAAAUUAAUUGAAAAAGCCAAACCCUAAAUCUAUAUAAAAAUCAAUCUUUAAAUGAUAAAUACAGGAUUAAGAAAUAGACAUCUAAGGUUAGGCUAUUUAAGUAGAUUACAAGAUUAAAGAGUUACUAAGCAAAAUUAAUUAUGA